AUGAUUUCUAGUCUUUCUACUAUCAGAAAUACUGAUGAUAAUAUUCAAAUAUUUAAUGAAGAUAUUAUUUUAUCACUUAAUGUAUCAAAUAAUGAAAUAGAAAAUGAUGAAGAAUAUAAAACUUUAGGUAAUAAAAUAACUAAUGAUUGGCAAAAUAUGAUUGUAAAUUGGAUUGAACUUAUUGAAGAUGAAGUUCAAGAUUUAGAAAUAAAAAAAACAAAUGUAAAUGAAAACUUUGAUAUUAUUGUAACUAAUAUUUCUCAAAUAGUAUAUCUUAUAAAUAAUAUACAAGCAAAAUGGAAUUUAUGUAAUAUAUUUGUAAAUAAUUUAGAAUUUUCCAAUUAUUUAGAAAGUUUUGUAAUAAGAAAUAAUUAA